UAGAUGUCGCCCGGGCCUUGUUUUUCAGGCCGCCAUCGUGUCGUUGGAAGUAUUUUGAGUUUAUAACAUGGCGUUUACCCUGUGGACCCUCUUCGAGGCAACACUUUUGUGUUUGAAUGCUGUCUGUGUCCUCCACGAGGAGAGAUUUCUAGCCAAGAUUGGAUGGGGAGCCCAGCAGAAUAUACAGGGAUUCGGAGAGCCUCCGAGUGUUAAGUCACAGGCCAUGCAUCUUGUGAGGUCGAUAAGAACCGUGGCCAGAUAUCCUCUAAUAUUCCUUAACAUUCUGACAAUACUAGUAAAACUGGUACUCGGUUGAUGGAGUGAAUGCAUAAAUAAUCAAUCCCUAAAUAAUAAAUGUCUCCCAGGAGUGAUGUACAUACACGUCCCUGUGACGUUUUAAUAAUAAAAAAAAGAAUCUUCAA